GGCCUGAUGGAAUAGAAAUGCAAAUAGAUUUUACCCCACCUUUUAAGAGAGUUAGCAUGAUCGAAACAUUAGAAAAAAAGUUGGAUGUUAAAUUCCCUCCGGCUUCAGAGUUGCAUACAAACGAAACUAAUAAAUUUUUGCAAGAACUUUGUGAAAAACAUGAAGUGGAUUGCUCGCCACCAAGGACAAAUGCACGUUUAUUAGAUAAACUUGUUGGUGAGUUUAUUGAGGUGGAUUGCGUAUCUCCGACAUUUAUCACAGGUCAUCCACAAAUGAUGUCUCCUCUUGCUAAAAGCCAUCGAGACAUCCCAGGCCUUUGUGAACGAUUUGAAUUAUUUGUUGCAACUAAAGAGGUAUGCAAUGCGUAUACGGAAUUAAACGAUCCUUUUGACCAACGUGAACGUUUUGAGGAACAAGCCCGUCAAAAAGAACAAGGAGAUGAUGAAGCCCAACUUAUUGAUGAAACUUUUUGUACAAGUUUAGAAUAUGGACUUCCACCAAC